AGUAAACACAUUUGGUCGUUUUGCUUUGCCCACCUGACUGCAUCUCAUGUGACUUGUAUUUGAUUUUGAGGUUUAUUUUUCAUAUGGUAGUUGACAAGAGCUAAGGACACAAGAUGCGCGGCUUUCUACUCCUACCAUUGGUUGUGGCGGUCGUCCACUGUGAUACACUUUAUUUCCGUCCCAGGGAGAAUCCCGCCGUUCCCGGGACUCCGUGUCAGGACGGGAAGUCCUUCUGUCCGGACGGGAGCACCUGUUGUGUCCAGGAGACAGGGGAAUAUGGAUGCUGUCCUCUCACUAAUAAAGUUUCACUGAAGUUAGAGAACGUAGUUUGUCCUGAUGGUCAGCAUGAAUGUAAAACUGGACAGACUUGUUGUAAACUGUCCAGUGGAGGAUAUGGGUGUUGUCCAUUACCAAAGGCCGUCUGCUGUAGCGAUGGUAAACACUGUUGUCCAGAAAGCACGACCUGUGAUACUGGUACCGGAAAGUGUAAGAGAGGGAACCAGUUGACAAUGGACUGGUUUGAGAAAGAACCUGCUCUGUUAAGAUCAGAGAAUGUGGUUUGUCCUGAUGGUCAACAUGAAUGUAAGACUGGACAGACUUGCUGUAAACUUGCCAGUGGAGGAUAUGGGUGUUGUCCUGUUCCAAAUGCUGUGUGCUGUAGUGAUGGUAAACACUGCUGUCCUUCUGGGACUACUUGUGAAGUGUCAUCAGGCAAAUGUAAAAGAGGGUCCAGUCUUGUCACGGACUGGUUUGAGAAACAACCUGCUGUGUUAAGAUCAGAGAAUGUGGUUUGUCCUGAUGGUCAACAUGAAUGUAAGACUGGACAGACUUGUUGUAAACUGGCCAGUGGAGGAUAUGGCUGUUGUCCUAUACCAAAUGCUGUGUGCUGUAGUGAUGGUAAACACUGUUGUCCUUCUGGGACUACUUGUGAAGUGUCCUCAGGCAAAUGUAAAAGAGGGUCCAGUCUUGUCACGGACUGGUUUGAGAAACAACCUGCUCUGUUAAGAUCCGAGAAUGUGGUUUGUCCUGAUGGUCAACAUGAAUGUAAGACUGGACAGACUUGCUGUAAACUGUCUAGUGGAGGAUAUGGGUGUUGUCCUGUACCAAAUGCUGUGUGCUGUAGUGAUGGUAAACAUUGUUGUCCUUCUGGGACUACUUGUGAAGUGUCCUCAGGCAAAUGUAAAAGAGGGUCCAGUCAAGUCACAGACUGGUUUGAGAAACAACCUGCUCAGUUAAGAUCUGAGAAAGUUGUUUGUCCUGAUGGUCAGUCAGAGUGCAAGACAGGACAGACUUGCUGUAAAUUGUCCAGUGGACAGUAUGGAUGCUGUCCUCUACCAAAGGCUGUGUGCUGUAGUGAUGGUAAACACUGCUGUGCAGAAGGAACAACUUGUGAUGUGUCCUCAGGGAAAUGUAAAAGAGGGUCUCAUUUAGUCAUGGACUGGUUUGAGAAACAACCUGCUGUGUUAAGAUCCAAGAAUGUGGUUUGUCCUGAUGGUCAACAUGAAUGUAAGACUGGACAGACUUGCUGUAAACUGUCCAGUGGAGGAUAUGGGUGUUGUCCAUUACCAAAGGCAGUCUGCUGUAGCGAUGGUAAACACUGCUGUCCAGAAAGCACGACCUGUGAUACUGGUACCGGAAAGUGCAAGAGAGGGAACCAAUUGACAAUGGAUUGGUUUGAGAAACAACCUGCUCUGUUAAGAUCUGAGAAUGUGGUUUGUCCUGAUGGUCAACAUGAAUGUAAGACUGGACAGACUUGCUGUAAACUGUCCAGUGGAGGAUAUGGGUGUUGUCCUGUACCAAAUGCGGUAUGCUGUAGUGAUGGCAAACACUGCUGCCCACAGAAUACGAAGUGUGAAGUCUCCUCUGGGAAGUGUACAAGGGGUGACAGUCUGGAGCUCCACUUGAUCGAGCAGCUUCCAGUCACCAAACCUCCACAGGGAGGUCUUCUAUCUUCUGUCAUGUGCCCUGACGGUGCCUCAGAGUGCAAGGACGGGCAAACAUGUUGUUUGUUAACCAGUGGCAAAUAUGGCUGCUGCCCAAUCCAGGACGCUGUCUGCUGUUCAGAUCAUAUCCACUGCUGCCCACAAGGAACAAGGUGUGACCUGCAGGAACAGAAAUGUAUCGGGCAUGGGGAAAGUCUAGGGAUCAUCAGCAUGGACAUGGUCCAGAUAAAAGAGGGGAAAUCCCAGGAAUCCCAUCCCUUGACCCCUCUAACAGCAAAUGUUGAAUGUCCUGAUGGCCAAUCAGAAUGCAAGACAGGGCAGACAUGUUGUAAACUGUCCAGUGGAAAAUAUGGGUGCUGCCCCCUGCCUAAGGCUGUGUGCUGUGCUGACAUGAGACAUUGCUGCCCCGAGGGAACUACUUGUGAAGUGUCGUCAGGGAAGUGUAAGAGGGGAGACAAUAUACUGAUGGACUGGUUCCAGAAGUUACCUGCAGUAGUCAAGGCAGAAAGUGUUAUGUGUCCUGAUGGUCAGCAUGAAUGUAAAGAUGGACAGACUUGCUGCAAAACUGCUAGUGGACAAUGGGGAUGCUGUCCCUUACCAAAUGCUGUGUGCUGUAGUGAUGGUAAACACUGUUGUCCUUCUGGGACUACUUGUGAAGUGUCCUCCGGCAAAUGUAAAAGAGGGUCCAGUCUUGUCACGGACUGGUUUGAGAAACAACCUGCUGUGUUAAGAUCAGAGAAUGUGGUUUGUCCUGAUGGUCAACAUGAAUGUAAGACUGGACAGACUUGCUGUAAACUGUCUAGUGGAGGAUAUGGGUGUUGUCCAUUACCAAAUGCUGUGUGCUGUAGUGAUGGUAAACACUGUUGUCCAUCUGGGACUACUUGUGAAGUGUCAUCAGGCAAAUGUAAAAGAGGGUCCAGUCUAGUCACGGACUGGUUUGAGAAACAACCUGCUGUGUUAAGAUCCGAGAAUGUGGUUUGUCCUGAUGGUCAACAUGAAUGUAAGACUGGACAGACUUGCUGUAAACUGUCUAGUGGAGGAUAUGGGUGUUGUCCUAUACCAAAUGCUGUAUGCUGUAGUGAUGGUAAACACUGUUGUCCUUCUGGGACAACUUGUGAAGUGUCCUCAGGCAAAUGUAAAAGAGGGUCCAGUCUUGUCACGGACUGGUUUGAGAAACAACCUGCUGUGUUAAGGUCAGAGAAUGUGGUUUGUCCUGAUGGUCAACAUGAAUGUAAAACUGGACAGACUUGCUGUAAACUGUCUAGUGGAGGAUAUGGGUGUUGUCCUGUACCAAAUGCUGUGUGCUGUAGUGAUGGUAAACACUGUUGUCCUUCUGGGACUACAUGUGAAGUGUCAUCAGGCAAAUGUAAAAGAGGGUCCAGUCUUGUCACGGACUGGUUUGAGAAACAACCUGCUGUGUUAAGAUCAGAGAAUGUGGUUUGUCCUGAUGGUCAACAUGAAUGUAAGACUGGACAGACUUGCUGUAAACUGUCUAGUGGAGGAUAUGGGUGUUGUCCUAUACCAAAUGCUGUUUGCUGUAGUGAUGGUAAACAUUGUUGUCCUUCUGGGACUACAUGUGAAGUGUCAUCAGGCAAAUGUAAAAGAGGAUCCAGUCUAGUCACGGACUGGUUUGAGAAACAACCUGCACUAAAAAGACAUCACACAGAAAUAAAACCAAAAAAUAAAGUUGUUUGUCCUGAUCAGACUACAAGCUGUCCUGACAAGAAUACAUGCUGCAAAAAUAAGGAAGGCAAAUUUGGGUGCUGUGCCUAUAAUAACGCUGUUUGCUGUAAGAGUGGUACUUACUGUUGUCCUAAAGGCUAUAUCUGUGAUACACUACCACAAAUCUGCAGAAUGCCGGAGGCCAAAGAAGCUUGGAAAAAUACUGCCAAUAUAUUUAUACAGAAUAUAUUAAAGAAAAGGGUCCAGGACCUACCAUAAUGUGGCCAUCAGCUUAGUUGAUGUAUAUAUAUUAAUUUGUUACUGUAAUUUGGGUGCCUGUGUUAAGAAUAAUGUUGAAAGCUACAAAAGUAUACUUUAAAAUUUAGAUAAAUAUUUUUGUGAAAUGUUAGAGAAGUUAAAAGAUUUAAUGAUGUUCAUGUUAACUUCAAGUACAUGUAGAUGGCUGAUUAUCUUGUUUUGUAUGUUUCAUUGGGUUGGUGUAUAAAUUGAAUUUUUGCUAAAAGCAUACCCAAUUGUUACCUUUUAGAAAUUUUAUUUAAUGUUUAGAGAGCCUAGUUAUGUUAAAAAAAAUUUUCGUUGAGCCAUUUUUAUUGACCUAUAAAAACCAAAAUGUUAUAUUGACAUAUUGACAGCUUUUUUGAAAGAAUUCAUUUAACUAAAGAAUAUAAAUUUAAUAAAAAAUAUUUCAUAUACAGUCUUUCUAGCACCUAAGUGUUGGGACUUGAUUGCUUAUUUAUGAACAUUUAGGUAACAACAUGUAGCAAAUACAGAAGUGAAUGUGUGUUUAUAAUACAGUGCAGAAUUUUUUUUUAACCUAUCAACCUAAAACUCAAUGAGAACCCCCAUUAAUAAGGGGUAACAAAUAAUAUUAUGUUUUUGGUGAAUGAGAUUUAUAUGAUAAUUCAGCUUUUGUUAAUAUUG